GACUACACAUUCGUGCCGUCCACUGCUCAGCGGGUGCAGAGGUGGAUGGCAGACGAGGGCAUACGGGACACGAGAGCGUCCGUGGGUGGCCAGCGACAGCGGAUGGCCGACGCAGAGAGGGACGAGAUUCAGGAUGCCCUCGAUGAGGAGGAGGGCCACGAGGGUGGAGCCAGGGAGGGGGGGGUGGCAGACGAGGCAGACGAGGGAGUCGGAGAGCCUGACCUGCCAGGGGAGGAGGUGGUGAUGACGUCGAGAGGCGUCGAUCAAGCAGGUCCCGCUCCUAGGGUGUCGCGACCUGAGUUGGAUCGCGCGAGGAGGGAGAAGAGGACAGUGGGGGAGGCUGGCGUCGAGGUGCGAGACACAGGCAGGGAGAAGAGGGCUCGGCAGACCACGACUGACGAGAUGUACGCCAAGGAGAAGUUGGCGGAGUUCACAGAUGCGUGGCUGCAAUGGAUCUACGUGAAGGGGUUUCCAUUCAACGCCUUCCGUGGUCCGGAGUUCCAGAAGGUGCGGCAGACGGCGGAGAGAGUGCCUCGCAGUAUCCAGUUCGGGUUUCCCUCCUUCAGGGUCACAGCGGGCGCCGGUAUCCCUUCGCAGAGGGCGAAGGUGGCGACGAUGGUGAGCGAGGUGCGCGCCGCUUUCCGGCACAGCGGUGCCACCAUCCUCUCCGACGGGAGGAAGUCGCGCAGCGGCAAGCCGCUCGUGAACUUCCUCGCCGGGGGCGCCAAUGGCGCCCUGCUAUACGUCACCGUCGCACGAGACGGGUCGGUCCGAGACACCGCGGACAUCGUGUACCAUAGGUGGCGGGCCAUCAUCUUGUCCUUUCCUGCAAAGGACGUGAUUGGCUUCUGCACUGACUCCGCCAGUAACUAUACGGCGGCAGCGCGCAGAUUUGCCACUGACCCCGAACCCGACAUAAGGAGGAUCACUUGGCUCCCCUGCUCCACCCAUGUCUGCAAUUUGAUGUUGUCAGAUAUCGGGACGCAAGUGGGGUGGGUCAAGGACACCAUCAUCCGCGCUCGAGCGCUUGUGCGAUUUAUUAAAUCGCACGGUGCUACUCACGCACUGUCUAGGAAGGUGAGCCCUCGCGUUCGGCUCGUCGAGCCCGUUGAGACACGGUUCGCAUCGGUUUUCCCGAUGCUGACGUGUCUCAAAGGCCAACGAGACGCGUUGGAGAGCAUGUUGCACGGGGAUGCUUGGGCACGCAUCCCGUGGGAGCGCAGGCAUGUAUCUCAGGUGCAGUGGGUGCAGCAGCAGAUCCGGGACGGGGAGUUUUGGCGGUGUGUCGAGUACGCCAUCCUUGUCAUGUCGCCCGUCCACCAGCUGUUGCGCAGGAUGGAUAAGGGGGGGGAUGAUGAUGUCCGUCGUUUACGAGUGGAGUCAGCAUGUGCUGCAGUUGAUGAGGAGGGUGGACGUGUCGGAGGUCCGGCGGAGGACAUGAUCGAGCCGUGCGUGCGUGAGGUUGCCAUCCGCAACCUCCACAUGCUAGAGCCCGCACAUACCGGCGGCGAUCCGGUCGGCAGAUUGUACAGGACCAUGAGGGACCAGAUGAGGGCGUUCCACUCGAGGCGAGGGGAUUGGGGAGGUGACCUCUCCGAUGCCGAGGCGGAGGAUUGCAGGGGGGACAGCGAGACCGAGCGAUGUGCAGUGUGGUGGUUUGAGCAUGGAUGUGCCCACCCGGAGUUGCGCACCAUCGCCAUCCGUGUCAUGCACUUGUGGACGUCCUCUCCAGCGGAGAGGAACUGGGCGCAGCACGAACGCAUCAUCACGGCGAGGCGCUGCAAGCUUGGGUUUGCCAAGCUUGCACAGCUGGUUGAGAUUGCCACCAAUCUUAAACUGGCCUCGUGCGCACGGCAGGGUGGUGGCUACGUGUUGCCAUGGGUUAUGGGGACCGGUCGGGGGGGGACGGCGACAAAGGAUGAGGAUGAGGACGGAGAUGUGGAGCCCGAGGUGUGGGGAGCACGACCUGCUAGCAGUGUUCUAGAUGUGGAGAUCGAGCGACAGAUUGUCGCUUUCCAGCAUAGCCGACCGUCCAGAGCCCAUUCGCGGCGUGGUGCGCCGUCGACCGCACAGGCGAGUGGCAGCAGCAGAGCCGGUGGAGGUCGUGGAGGACGUUCGCAUGCGGAGGUUGGCGUCGACGACUCGGGGGAGCAGCAGCCACGGGGAGGUCUUCGGCAAACAGGCAGGCGAUGGGAGGUUAGGAGCGACAGCGAGGCCGAGGAGGAGGCCGAGGAUGAGUGGGUACACCUUCACGAUCGUCGCUUCUCUCCCUCCCAUCAUCGGAGCGCUGUACAGCCCGAGGCACUUAGGCAUUCGGAGAGGUUGGCGUCGGCAGCAGGCAGAGACCGGACACAUGACGGCGAGGAUCGUGGGGGGGAGAGGCUUCCUUCCGACGCCGGUAUCCGCCCCCACUCGCCGUCGGUGCUCCGCACAGACGACUUUGACGUCGUAGGGCUUGGUGGGAGCUUGGGAGAUUUCAGUGUUGAGGGACGUCGACGUGCCUCACCGUCGCAUGUGCGCACCGACACGGACGUUGUGCGGGGCCUUGUUGAGACUGAGGAGGAGAGGGAUGCCCGUUUGGACCGAGAGGAGGAGGAGCGGUUGGGGAGUUUGCCACGAUGGGAGGUUCAGAGGGAGUUCGAUGAUGAGGGACAGGAUGCCGCCGCGGGUGGUGGGUCAGGUGAUGGACGACGUAGCGACAAGGAGACCGCGGGUGAUGAAGGGCAGGGUGUUGUCGUGGUCGGUGGGUCCCCUAGUGGGGGGCAUGGCGACAGCGAGACCGCGGGUGAUGAGGGACAUGGUGCCACCGUGUGUGGCAGAGGAGAGGGUGGACCCGGUGGAGAUGGGAAUACCGCGGGUGUCGGUGGGGACGAGGAUGAGGACAAAGAUGAUGACGACGACCACGGUCCCGAGGACGAUGUGUAUAGGCUCACCUUCGUGUUGAGGGACCCCACAGUACCUCCCUUGCGCCCUGACGACACAGCGCAUACUUUCUUCGACGUCGACACUUUGGCGCAAGUGUUGACGGAUGACCCUUUCGCACACGUGAGCCGCAAGAGCGGCAAGAGGCGGGCCCCUGGGAGGGUAUAUUCACCGCCGCCGUUCGUGGUGGAGAGCCCUCACUGGUCGGGUUCGUCGCUCAACGGCGUGAGAGGGAGGGAGUCCGGAGCGGGUGAGGUGGGGUCCGACAGACGCAGCGACGGCGGCAGAGAUAGUGCAGGAUCGAUGCCUCCACCGCCCGCACGGACUCCGGAGGGCAGGGUCGACACCGGGGACCGGACGGCGGCACCCGGAGUUGCGCACAGUGGCGGAUACCCGCCGACAGUCCGAGGUGGUGUGGGUGGCGGAUGGUCAGCUGUUCGUCGAGUCGGGGACCGGUUGCGGGCGGAUUACGACGCCGGGAGGGGCGUCUUCACGGGACGUACAGCAGUUCAGACGCAGGCUGCGGAGGGUGGGUCCGUACGUCCGAGCCUGCAGAUGGCAGGCCGCAUGCUCGGUUUUCCACGAGCGGAGACGAGGAGAUCAUUGGUCCUCGAGGCCGCAGGAACAUCCACGGACAUGCUGCGGGGAGAGCAGUUCACAUCGGGCGAGGAGGGGUUGUUGAUGCGUCCCGGGACAAGACGACAGCAUGGCCUCUCGGAGGUUGAGGCUCGACUCGCGGCAGGGGUCGCCGCUGGCUAGGCAAAAUUGGACGCGAUUCAGAGGGAGAGAGAGAGAUGGGGAUUGCUGCACGGGCGGCGGAGGACGAGGACGCAGACACAGAGUCCGAGCCGAUCGAGAC